AUGGAGAAAAAGAACAUCUCCAUGAUUUUAUUACUACUGUUUUUCAGUUCCCAUUUCCUUCUAAUUUCAUCAUAUUCUGAGCUGAUCCUCAAUACUUUUACUGAAUGCCUAUCCCAAGAUUUUGAAUCAUCUACCUCAAUACUGAACAUUCUAUUUACACCAAGAAAUUCUUCAUAUCAAUCUCUUUUGGAUUAUCCCAUUCAAAACCUGAGAUACCUUAACUCAUCCAGCACAAAACCUCUAGCUAUAGUUACCCCUUUAAAUUAUUCCCACGUCCAGGCCACAAUUACUUGUUGCGAGAAGCAUGGACUACAAGUUCGAAUCAGAAGUGGAGGCCAUGACUAUGAAGGUCUGUCCUACACUUCAACAGUUUCUUUUGUCAUUCUUGAUCUUCAAAAUCUUAGAUCAAUCAGCGUUGACUUGGAAGAAAAGAGCGCAUGGGUUGAAUCAGGAGCUACUGUCGGCGAAUUGUAUUAUUGGAUUGCACAGAAAAGUCCAAGUUUCGGAUUCCCAGCUGGAAUUUGCCCAACAGUUGGUGUUGGUGGACACUUCAGUGGAGGUGGCUUUGGUACCAUGAUAAGAAAAUAUGGACUAGCGGCUGAUAAUAUUCUUGAUGCUGUCAUUAUCGACGUUAAAGGACGAAUUCUUGAUAGAAAAUCCAUGGGAGAAGACCUGUUCUGGGCUAUCAGAGGAGGUGGAGGAUCAAGUUUUGGUGUCAUAGUCGCUUGGAAGAUUAAGCUUUUGUAUGUCCCGCAGAUUGUUACUGUUUUUAGCACCGGAAGGACCCUAGCCCAAGGGGCCACUGACCUCGUUUACAAGUGGCAACAUAUAGGACAUAAGCUUCCUCAAGAUCUAUUCAUCAGGGUGAUUGUAGAAGCUAAUGGAGAAGGGGAAAAUCGAACAAUUCGAACCACAUUCAACUCAUUAUUUCUUGGUAGAAUUGAUAAACUAGUUGAUAUAAUGAAGGAAAGUUUUCCUGAACUUGGCUUGAGAAAAGAAGACUGCAUUGAGUUGAGUUGGAUUGAAUCAGCACUGUAUUUCUGGGGAUACAAAGAGGGAAAAACCAUAGAAGCCCUUAGAGAUAGAGUGCCUGAACCAAAGAGCUUUUUCAAGGCUACAUCUGAUUUUGUCAAGGAACCAUUGUCUCAUGCUGCGCUUGAACAGUUAUGGAAAUGGUGCUUGGAAGAAGAGAAACCAAUAGUGAUUUUUGAUCCUUUCGGAGGAAGAAUGGAUGAGAUUCCAGAGUCAGAAAUUCCAUUUCCCCAUAGAAAAGGUAAUCUAUUUAAUAUUCAGUAUUUGGUGAAGUGGGAUAAUCAAGACACUGAAGCAUCAGAAAGGCACAUAAAUUGGAUCAGAAGGCUGUACAAAAAUAUGACCCCAUAUGCAUCAAAAGGUCCAAGAAGUGCUUAUUUUAAUUACAGAGAUCUUGACUUUGGUGUUGAAAAUAUUUCUGGGGCUAGCUUUGUAGAAGCCAAAAAAUGGGGUGACAAGUAUUUCAGUGGCAAUUUCGGGAGAUUGGCAAUAGUUAAGGGUGAAGCCGACCCACAAAAUUUCUUCAGUGACGAACAAAGCAUUCCACCUCUUAUUUGUUUAUUUGUCCAAGCCACAGUAUAUUGA